UAGUGAUUUAAGAUUAUAUAAUGGGUUUACUGAAAAGUUUUUGGAUGGAUUUCACACAAACCAUGAAAGCGAAGGAGAAUAUAACUAUGAUACAUUUCUGCUGUGUUGGUUAUUUCUAUCUUCUGGCUUUCUCUGCAUUGUAUUGUUGCCUUUUUAUUGCGUUUCCGAUUAUCUACCGACACGACGACGAUUAUAAUUGGAACUUGUUCGCUUUCUUCUUUUUGUUUAUCAACAUGAUCGGGAAUCAAAUACUUGGAACAGUUUAUAAUUCUACAUACACAGAUGGUCUAAUUCUCAACCCUCCCCCCAAAUCCUGGAUUCUGUGCAUGACGUGUCAACAACAUUGUCCUCCACGAUCUCACCACUGCCCUGUGUGUCAGAAAUGUAUUUUGAAACGAGAUCAUCAUUGUUACUUCUUCAUGACAUGCGUUGGAAUCCAGAAUCUUAGAUAUUUUUUACCUUUCUCAUUCUACGUGGGGAUUGGAUCACUUUACUGCGUCAAGCAAAUGUUAUCAUAUUUGAACUAUUCUUACGUUACGAUAGAGUUUUCUCUGAAUGCAAUUUUCUCGUACUUUUUUCCCGGGGUAAUGUACAACUACCUAUGGAGCGGCGAAGGCAAUUUGAAUUUCGACAAACUGUAUUGUAUUUUAGUCUUAUAUGGGUCAGUGGUUACAGGUAUCGGGGGUUCAUUUUACUUUUUAUCCGAGCUUUUUAUAUCAAUGAGGGGGCAAACGAUUUACGAAUUCGGGAAAGAUAUUAGAAAAUACGAUUUCGGCUUUUUGAGAAAUAUAAAACAAGUUUUAUGGCCGUGGGGGAUUUUGUACUUCCUAAUGCCCUUGCCGGUGCCAACUAAAGAAAUCAAUGCACCCUGGGGUACUCCAAAGUUUGUUAAAGGUAUAUAAAAAAAGUGUCCAUUGUAGGAUGAGUAGGAGUAAAAAAAUAAGUGUCGACAAAUGCAAUAGCUUCUACGCUGCAUGGCUCGACAGUGUGGGCCAUAGUGCUAAGCGUUAGAAUUUUGCUUGUUGCUACACCACCGAUUACCCUUCGCAGGUUCGCAUUUUCGAAUCCCUGCACUUCUUGCUGCUGUUGAGUAGUUCACGAAACAAACUCACAUGGACUGGUAACAGGACAAAAGGCCGUGAUUCGCCAUAUGAUUAAACUGUCUUAUCAGCUUUCCACUUCCCUGGGAUAAAUAAGUGAAUUUUAUUCUACCCUAAUCCCAUACCCAACAUGGACUGGUAACUGGACGAGAGGUUGUGAUUCGCCAUAUAUCUCUCCAGGAUAAAUAUGUAAAUCUUAUCCUAUAAAACUUUAUUUUCAUCCUGGACAAGAAAACUACUCAGGAUUUACACAAAGGCAGAGAAACUGUUAAUUGCUGGCAACCGUCAUUUUUCUUAUUUACUUACCAGUGACAAAUACUAACAACUGAGAUUAAAUUUUAUACUUGAGGCAAAAAUCUGGGUGCUCCUGAAGUAUGCGUAACAAAGAUGGCAGACACCGGAACGUCGUAUGUGUACGUAGGGUUAGGCCAUAAUUUUAAGUACAGAUACUAUGGGAGAACUAAAUAAGAAAAAUUGGAUUAAAAUUAUGGCUUAACCCUAACCUGGUACACAUACUACAAUCAGGGUGUCCGCCAUCUUGGUACGCUUACUUCAAGAGCACCAAAAUCCGAAGGUGAGCUGAUUGGCGAUUGCAGCAAAUGGAUCAAAAUACUACCAUCUUUUCCUGAGGUGGCUUUAAACCUAAACCUGUUGGAAGUUAUAGAUUUCUGUAUGUUAUCUGUUUAAUAUGACAGCAUUUUAAUAUACAGGAUGGUUGGUAGAAAAGCACAAAAUUUGUCAAACAGUUAUUUAUAUUCACAAAAAAAUGUAUUUUGAAGGCCUAUGUUAUAAUACUACACAGAAUAUUACAGAAAGGGUAUCGAACUAAAGAAAACCUAGAACCUAAAAUGUAUCGGAAAAGAAGUGAUUGAGCACGCGUUUUAUUCGUGAUCUCAUCUGACCUUAAAAUUUUCUGCUUUUCCAGCAACUACCCUGUAUAUUCAUAUACAAAAAUGUCAUUGUGAAAUGUGGACUCUGGUUUGUAUAAUAUAAAAUAUGCAAUAGUAACUGUACUAUUUACAUUUGCUUUAGAUGCUAUGAUGAUUUUAAGCAAUUUUGUAUGUUAUUUAUACUGCAGUAAAUUUGAGUAAUGAAUA